AUGGGUGUUGUAGGGCAGGCUAGGCUUGCGUCUGGAGCUCUGCUCUUUUGGGGGUUGCUUGGUCCCUUUGCUUUGGUUGUGGGGGCUCAGGGCAGCUUUUUUGCUGACCCUGGCAUGCUGGCUUGUGGUCAAGAUAGCUUGCAGCUCACCUUAUCCCUGGGCUGGGAAGGGAAUGUUUCCUUUGUGCUGACUGCUUGGGACACUGAGGGGAAGGCACAUGCCCUGCACAACGACUCUGGCUGUGGGCUCUGGGUUUCAGGGGCUCCAGACGGCUCUAAGAAAGUGUUAGUCUCCUACACCAGUUGCUAUGUCUUUGAAUGGGAUGGCAAUUACCUCAUGAUUGUGGGGCUCGAAGGCACAGAUGCAGCUGGGCAAAGGGUUCUUCUGGAAGAGAAGCUGCUCAGGUGCCCUGUGGACCUUCCUGCCCUGGAUGCCCCAAGCAGCAGUGUCUGCUCUGCCAUCCGCAGCCAGGACCGGCUGCCCUGUGCCUCCUCCCCUGUCAGCCGGGGAGACUGUGAAGCACGGGGCUGUUGCUACAACCCCAGGGACAGGGUGAAGACUUGCUACUAUGGUAACACAGUGACAGCUCACUGCACACCAGAUGGGCUGUUUUCCAUUGCUGUUUCUCGGGAUGUCACCCUGCCACCUGUUAUCCUGGACUCUGUGCAUCUGGCCAGUGGGCCAAGUGCUGGCUGCACCCCUGUAGUGAAAAACAGUGCCUUUGUUGUGUACCAGUUCCCACUUUCUGCCUGUGGCACUACUUUUCAGGUCACUGGAGACCACAUUGUGUAUGAGAAUGAGUUGGUGGCAUCCAGGGAUGUGAAGACUGGGAGCCUUGGUUCUGUCACUAGGGACAGCACUUUCAGGCUACAUGUCCGCUGUAGUUACUCAGUCACUGGGAGCUUCAUCCCCCUGAGUGUUCAGGUCUUCACGCUGCCACCACUCCCUGCCGUGUCCCAGCCGGGUCCUCUGUCCUUGGAGCUGCGUGUUGCUUCAGAUAAAAGCUAUAGUUCCUACUACAUGGACAGUGACUAUCCUCUUGUGAAGGCUCUGAGGGACCCCAUUUAUGUUGAAGUUAGGAUCCUUCAGAGAACGGACCCUGACCUGGUUCUGGUCCUGCACCACUGCUGGGCCACUCCAAGUAUCAAUCCCCACCAACAGAUGCAGUGGCCUGUCUUGGUGGAUGGGUGCCCUUAUGUAGGGGACAACUAUCAAACACAGCUGGUGCCUCUGAGUAUUGCCUCAGGACUACAGUUCCCAUCUCAUUACCAGCGUUUCACCCUCUACACAUUCACCUUUGUGGACUCCACUUCCCAAGAGAUGCUCUCUGGGCUGGUGUACCUGCACUGCAGUGCCUUAGUGUGCCACCGGUCUGUGCAGGAGUCCUGCACCACCACUUGUCCUGCUGGAGCCAGGGGUAAGAGGAGUGCUGAGCACAACUUUCAGGAUGGUGUCUCCCAUGUCUCUAGCAGAGGCCCUGUUGUUUUCCUCCAGAAUGAGCUAAGACAAGAAGCUGCUGUGGAUAGUCUCAGAGCAGCUGUGCUUGCUGCAGCCCCCUGGGCUCUUGGCUUUGCUGCUGUGGCAACUGUGGUGGUGUUAGUGGCUGCUGUGCUGAGGUGGAGGAAGGUGCCUGUAACACAUGAAGUCAAUGCACUGCAAUAA